UGUUCCCACAUGUGACACCCAAAGGAAUUAAUGGCAUAGACUUUAAAGGAGAAGCUAUAACUUUCAAGGCAACUACUGCUGGAAUCCUUGCCACACUCUCUCAUUGUAUUGAACUCAUGGUAAAACGUGAAGAAAGCUGGCAAAAAAGGCUAGAUAAGGAGAUAGAGAAAAGGAGAAGAAUUGAAGAAGCAUACAAAAAUGCUGUGACAGAACUGAAGAAGAAGUCCCACUUUGGAGGGCCAGACUACGAGGAAGGUCCUAAUAGUCUGAUUAAUGAAGAAGAAUUCUUUGAUGCUGUUGAAGCUGCUCUCGAUAGGCAGGAUAAAAUGGAAGAACAGUCUCAAAGUGAAAAAGUUAGAUUACACUGGCCAACAUCCUUACCUUCUGGAGAUGCAUAUUCUGCUGUGGGGACUCAUCGAUUUGUCCAAAAGCCCUAUAGUCGCUCUUCCUCCAUGUCUUCCAUUGAUCUAGUCAGUGCCUCUGAUGAUGUUCACAGAUUCAGCGCCCAGGUGGAAGAGAUGGUACAAAACCAUAUGACAUAUUCCUUGCAAGAUGUAGGAGGAGAUGCCAAUUGGCAGCUAGUGGUAGAAGAAGGAGAAAUGAAGGUAUACAGAAGAGAGGUGGAAGAGAAUGGAAUAGUUUUAGAUCCUUUGAAAGCAACCCAUGCCGUUAAAGGAGUAACAGGGCAUGAAGUUUGCCACCACUUCUGGAAUGUCGAUGUUCGUAAUGACUGGGAAACAACAGUUGAAAAUUUCCAUGUUGUGGAAAAUCUAGCUGAUAAUGCAAUCAUCAUUUACCAGACACAUAAGAGGGUGUGGCCAGCUUCUCAAAGGGAUGUGCUGUAUUUGUCUGCCAUCAGAAAGAUACCAGCAUUCAGUGAAAACGAUCCUGAAACAUGGAUUGUGUGCAAUUUCUCUGUGGAACAUGACAGUGCUCCUCUGAACAAUCGCUGUGUCCGUGCCAAAAUAAAUAUUGCUAUGAUUUGUCAGACAUUAGUAAGCCCACCAGAGGGGAACAAGGAAAUAAGCAGGGACAACAUCCUAUGCAAGAUUACAUAUGUAGCUAAUGUGAACCCAGGAGGAUGGGCACCAGCGUCAGUGUUACGGGCAGUGGCAAAACGAGAAUAUCCAAAAUUCUUGAAGCGUUUUACAUCUUACGUGCAAGAGAAAACAGCAGGAAAGCCUAUUUUAUUCUAGUAUUAGCAGCAAUUGGAACAAGACUGGGUGAGCAUUCCACAUUGGAGAAGUGACCAUGCACAGAGCACUCCAUGCUGGAACGAAGGAUCUACAGUCUUUUUAUGGCCCAAGUUCUAGGCUUUGUAUACUGAAGUGAAGAAGUGUUGCAACACGAUGAGGCUGAAAAUUUAACACUAGCUCUUUCCUGCUAACGUUUCUUGCUGAAUCAGUGUGUAAUUAUAAAUACAUGUACUGAUAACAUG